UUCGUUUCUCUUUGCGCUCUCUCAUUCCCUUCUCCUUCGCCUUCGAAAUCUAGGGUUAGGGUUAGGGAUUUGGUUGUUUGGGGGUUGGAUUCUUGUGAAGAGAAGGGAAAGAGAGGAGAUUUUCUCAUGGCGUACACGGCUCUUGUUAGAUCCGCCACCCCGCUUGUCUCUGGAGCUCGUGAUUCCUUCCACUCCGACUCAGCUCCUCCCGCUGCUGAUUUCGUGAAGGUUGGUUGCUCUUCUGCGAUUCGAUCGAGUGUUUUUGGUUCUGCGCUUUCUCCUGUUGAGCCAAUCUCAUCAAGAGAUUUGAGUGGAAGGAGCAUUCAGCCGAUCAGAGCGACAGCCACUGAGGCGCCUCCUGCAGUUUCGAGGUCGUCAAGGGGUGGAAAGGCCCGGAUUGGUAUAAAUGGUUUUGGUCGGAUUGGAAGGUUGGUUUUACGUGUAGCCGCGUCUAGAGAUGAUGUUGAAGUUUUAGCUGUUAACGAUCCCUUUAUUGAUGCUAAAUACAUGGCAUAUAUGUUUAAAUAUGAUUCAACUCAUGGCACUUUUAGGGGCACCAUUAAGGUUGUGGAUGAGUCCACUCUUGAAAUCAAUGGGAAGCGGAUUGCAGUUACCAGCAAAAGGGACCCAGCUGAGAUACCUUGGGGAGAUUUUGGCGUUGACUAUGUUGUUGAGUCUUCAGGUGUUUUUACUACUUUGGAGAAGGCAUCAGCUCACAAGAAGGGCGGCGCCAAAAAGGUGGUAAUCUCUGCUCCUUCGGCUGAUGCACCCAUGUUUGUGGUUGGAGUAAAUGAGAAUACCUACAAACCAGGCAUGGACAUUGUUUCCAAUGCUAGCUGCACAACCAACUGUCUUGCUCCUCUUGCUAAGGUGGUCCAUGAGGAGUUUGGUAUUGCUGAAGGACUUAUGACCACUGUUCAUGCAACAACAGCAACACAGAAGACUGUUGAUGGCCCAUCAAUGAAAGAUUGGCGUGGAGGGCGUGGAGCUUCACAGAACAUCAUCCCAAGCUCAACUGGUGCGGCUAAGGCUGUUGGAAAAGUUCUUCCUGAGCUUAAUGGGAAACUUACUGGGAUGGCUUUCCGUGUUCCAACGCCAAACGUUUCUGUUGUGGACUUAACCUGCCGACUUGAGAAAAAUGCAUCAUAUGAUGAUGUCAAGGCAGCUAUCAAGUAUGCAUCUGAGGGACCUCUGUUGGGCAUUCUUGGGUACACAGAUGAUGAUGUAGUGUCUAAUGAUUUUGUUGGUGACUCCAGGUCGAGCAUUUUCGAUGCUAAAGCUGGCAUUGGGUUGAGUUCUUCUUUCAUGAAGUUUAUAGCAUGGUACGAUAAUGAAUGGGGUUACAGCAACCGUGUGCUAGACCUGAUCGAGCACAUUGCUCUGGUCAGUGCCCUCAACUAAAGUAACUGAUGCUCCAAGGCCUUCAUUCAAACAGAAUAGAUAUAUAUUUUUUUUCCAUUGCUAGAACAUGCAAAUUUUGAUUGGGUGGGAUCUGUACCCUUCAUGAUACCAAAAUAAAUGUAGGAAACAUUUGAUUUUAUUCUCAUGAGCUUUGUAUGAAUGGAGGUGGUCUGAUAAUGUUUGACACCUCCACUUAUAAAGAAAAGAAGGCAAAAAAAGAGAAAACCUGAAGACAUAUUAAUGUUGUUCUGAUCACUAUUUUUCAUUUACAUUUAAUUUCAUUUUGUCUUUGAUUCA